GCUGAAAUUAUUGUUGCACGCGACACGACCACCAAUCUUGAGGCCGAUUUUGUGAUUGUCAAGUCAUAAUUUCCAAUGACCCUCCAAAGCCUACUGAUCCUACCGUAGCAUCAUCUGAGAUGCAAGGGCCGGUAAAAAGGCUGCCCUCGGGCGAUGCCCAGCCCAAAAAGCGCCAGGCAGGACCUCAGGAUGACACCGCCGGGCCCGGGAGGCCGAACAAGCGGGCCAAGGCUCGUGCCGAUCGUAACAUUCCCGUUCACGCGUCCGCUUCAGAUGCCGUCACCGAGGAUGGUGAAGUGAACCUGCCAAUCUUCCUGGAGGCUCUCCAGUCCAGCAUUGGUGGUCUCGAGAAGGCCAUGCGUAAGAGCAAGGCCUCGGGAACCAAGCGUGCCUUCCAGCAGGUUCCUCGGGAUAUGAGGCGGCGCACUGCCAGUCACAACCCUAAAAGGGUGCCGGGGCGACUGCGCGCCCGGGCCCGGGUUGAGAUGGCCUCGGACAAUACCCCGGCAAAGAGUAAGAAAAAGCCAAGGGAUCCGGUCGAAAGGGCACUUAACAAGGUUGAAAAGGCAAGGCUUGCACUCAGGAAGACGCUCAAGCAGACGGAGGCAAUCCGUGAAGGGCUUCAUCUCCAUGCCAACACUGUGCAGGUGCCGGAGACCAAGACGAACAGCAAAACUGCUGCGAAGUCACGCUGUGUCAAAGCCCAGUUUGAGCACUUGUCAAACGCCCUGGACAAGACUCGGCAGCUCGUUGGCCGACUCCAGGUCCAAUUAGACUUGGAUAAUGUACGGAGCGCAGCAGAUCAGACAUCUCUGGCUGCUCAAGAGGCCAAGAAUCUUGAAGACGCCAUGGCCAAAACUAAAAAACUAAAUAGCUUGCUAUCAGAGCUCAAAGGUCCGAAUGAACCAUCGGACAUUUCUGAAAAGCUUGGGAAAGCACUUGCCAAAACCAAAAAGCUUAACAAGAAUCUCGCCAAGGUCAAAAAGCGCACCGGUUCAUAUAACUCUGACAUUGAUGAGGACGAGGGCGAGGAUGAUGACGUAGUGAUGGGCAGCGAUUCCCAUCAUCCGCAACCAUGUCCACUGCCUCAGCGGAAAAGGGUACCGCAGAGGGAUGGACAACUACCAACACAUCUCUGGCAUGCGAAACGAGCAAAGAUGUCAACUAUCGACGAUCCAUUCUUCAGCAAGCCGACGCCUAUUAACAUGAAUGGCAAAACAGUCCGCAAAAUCCAUAGAGCCUACAAUGCGUCCGCAUUCAUGCACGACGCGAGCCAUAGGGGCUUCAUACAAGUCUCGGGUCCUAUGAAGGACGUCAAGGCGGUGCUGGAGGUGGUCGGUGUAGACUACCCGGGUGCCACGGCUGAUUGGAUACGCGGCUGCCGUGUGUGGACUGGCAUAAUUCGCUUGGUAGAAUCUGGCAAGACUGGGGAUAUCACACCUGCUCGAGUUAUCUGGAAUCCAUCUGGCCAACCCCUAGGCAUGCUAGAUGACGCUUCAGCUGAGCGCCAAGUACUAAUCGAGGUCGAAUCGGAUACUGCCGAGCUGGUCGUUCGUGCCCUGGCGACUGCAACAGAUCAUCUCGGCGACAGAAGGAACCAGGUGACCACACGAGAUCUUUCCAGCAAGCUUGGAUGUAUAGAACUGCUUGGCCCCGGCUCUGGACAGCGGUUGACUGAUGUACUUCUGCCGCCGCAUGCCUCAAGCAAUCAGGAUGCAUACAAGUCGACUCAUUGGCGGCUUUUCCGCGCAAUAGCACAUGCGCAGCCCUACAUGCUUGGAUAUAACGUGGCCAUGGGAUUGAUGAUCAGAUAUCCUGACAAGUACGGCAGAGAAGAUGUCUCUACGGCAGAUUCCAGCGACAAAGACGAGGCUGAGCAGCUUCUUGCAGCACAAAAGGAUUGGGCAACCGAGACAAAUCCUCAACCCUUGGCACUAUUGGACCGAACCAUUCGAGGCGGCGCUUUGCAAGCGAUACAUGAAAAGCAAGGCGCAGCACUCCAGGCCAGCAAGAACAAGGCCAAGAAGCCUGAUCAGAGUGGCACUUCGAUUCCUAUACUUCUUUUAUGCUCUGCGCCACACACACGCGGAAUAGAAGGGAAAUGGUCGCUCAUCUGCCAACGUGAGCUGAUCAAACCGCUGUGGCUCCGUCUUUUCAGCCAAAAAGGCCAUUUCGGGGGCGAGAUUGACAUAGCAUGCGUGGAGGAAAUGCAUCGUAUCCAUACAGAGCAAGCGGUCAAGUUCUUUCCCGUUGACUUUCCUCACACCGUCCAGGGUACCUUGUGGGAGCUCAAGGAGCGUGAUCGUCUCAAAAAGGAGUGGGAGUCACGUCCGAAAGGCAAACGACCAAACUGGACGACCCUGGACCUUGGAGAUGAUGGCAAAGGUGAACAUGGGAAUCCUUUUGCAUGCGAUUGGGAGCAUCUUUUGCAUUGCACAAACCCUCUUCGCGGGUCUACCUCGACUCCAACAAAAUUGCCAAAUACGUCGAAGGAUGACAAAGAGGCAAAGGAUAAUUCACUAGCACGUCUCGCUUCGCCGGAAAUCCCAAGACCUCUUGCGAUCUCUGUUCAUCCGGCGAUUUUCAGGGACAUUUUUCGGGUCGGCAUUGACCCUGCAAAGAGACCUUCCAUUCCUGUGCUCGGAAUCUCGACUGUUCACAUCAGCAUGUUUGAUGGAGGCGUUCCCAACCCCCGUGCCCGAAUCUAUCUACUUCCGAGCUUGAAGGAACAAGAAGAGCUCAGAAGUGCAUGGCUCGAGCGCUUCAAGGUAAAAAUAGGCGGUGUGGGAAGAAACAAGCGCACGCAAAAGUCAAGCUCGGACCGCCGGUUCCCACACUCGUCAACUUUUGCCGAGCGCAAGGAAAUCCUGGCGGAAAGCCUCUUCCAGAAGACAGAUUGCGAGACUGCUGCUGGGAUGGAGGGGUCUCCCGUAAAACCGCUCCCUCAGGUCUUGGAGAGAGACCUGAUGGGAUACGUGACAAGUGGCAGUUACAACCUGGCAAGGGGAAGGGGUCAUGGUAUUGGCCACCUAGCCGCGAGCAAAAUCGCGGAAAGUAUGCAAGCCACCAUCGAUUCGGGCGGGUCAUGGAACGAUGCGGAAACCUUCUACUGCGUUGUCCGCAACGUUGGGGAAACGAUUUGUCGACCAGCGAUCUGGCGGUUCGUUGAGGAAAAUAGGGAUGUGAGAUAAAGUAUAAGCGAGGAUCAAGGGGCGGAAAGCACCGUUGCAUCUAGCAAUUCUGGUGGAACCUAAGACAAGUUCAAGAUAUGAGAUGAUGGCAAGCUUUUCUUCCUUUUUCACUUUGGUGUCAUUUCUAGAAGCUUGACUCUAGCCGCCAGCGUUUCAAAUUGGAGGUCAGUCCCUGUUGAGUCAAGCUUUCGGAGCAGCGUCCCUGCGAUAGCGCGCUUCUUUUUUAAACUUACCAUUCGCUUGCGGAUGUGAAUACGACCAAGAUAGCCCCUGAAAGGACCGCGCCACCUGUCUCUAGCACCCGUACGAGGCCCCGACAUGCAUCUGAGAACAACAAGCGUUGAGCGGGAUGGCGUCACCGGACGCGCUUGCAGCAGAAAAUUAAUUCGUGUCGGGGUAUUAUUAUUUUUUGUUUACUCGUUGGGAAAAUCAAGCGAAGAAAACAUCGUACGAGAUCCGGGUUCGCUGAACGAUGUGCACGAUCGGACAUUUGCCGAAGGUUACCCUAAUAAACUGCGCUUCCAUACGCCACCACGGCCCGUUUCCCGCCGGCAGCCUUCUCUAACUUGAUUUUAGCUGCCGUGGAGGCAAAUUGGCCUUCAACCCCUUUCGUGGGAAUAGUAACAGAUUGCGCAUUCUCUUUUGAUACACCCGAUCAAGGCAUGUCGCCUCUAUAGUGGAGAUCAUGGGCAAUACCAACCCUUUGUAUCUUGAAGGACCAGCGGGGGAGCCCUCUACAACAGCGGGCCAAAAGUACCUCGAGAUGCCAUGAUAAACCCAACUUGAGCGCAACGUGGAAGGAGGAGAACUUUAUUACUGAAUCACUGAAUUUUCGCAAACAAAUACCCAGGUAGGUAGCUACCUAGGUAGUCAAUCUUUAAUAAACUGCCC